CCCCAAAUACUCCGUUACAUUUCUGCUUUCACAGCUCCCAUAUCUAAACAAAAUGGCCCCCAAGAAGGACGAGAAGCCCGCGACUCAGGAGGCCGGCGCCGAGGCCCCUGCCAAGGCCGAGGCCAAGCCCAAGGCCGAGAAGGCCGCCAAGAAGGCCAAGAAGGAGCCCUCCAAGAAGGCUGCCAAGGAGCCCAAGGGCGACGGCGAGAAGAAGGACAAGAAGAAGAAGAAGAGCGCCGUGGAGACCUACAAGCUGUACAUCUACAAGGUGCUCAAGCAGGUGCACCCCGACACCGGCAUCAGCAGCAAGGCCAUGUCUAUCAUGAACAGCUUCAUCAACGACAUCUUUGAGAAGGUGGCCACCGAGGCCUCUAAGCUGAGCCGCUACAACAAGAAGCCCACCGUGACCUCCCGCGAGAUCCAGACCGCCGUGCGCCUGGUGCUGCCUGGCGAGCUGGCCAAGCACGCGGUGUCGGAGGGCACCAAGGCCGUGACCAAGUUCACCUCGGGCUAAGCGCCCUCCGGACGGACACCUGGGCGUCACACCUCAAAAAAACAAAACUCGGUGUUUCUCAACACCACCUCACAUAUUUCGAAUGGGAUGGGUGGUGGAGGACGGCCACUUGACGCACCACAGGUGUCCGGAUGAGGCACCUGCGUGGCGGUAUAAGUCUGUAGGGGUGAUGUCAAAUCAUGAUACCUGGUGCCUCAUAAUUAAUACGGCAACAGACUGAAGCGGUUCUGGCCGGUCCGGAGAUGGAUGCCUUAUCAUGUUGGGCACUUGUGGAGCGUGUGUGAGGCGUGUGGACCACUGGGAUCCUUGGGGCCCCAAUUACUUUUUGCAGUGCACAACCCUCAUUGCAUACGGCAUAUGGUGUGCAAGGGACUGUUAGCGAAAGCUAAUGAGGGCUGUGUUACCAGGUGGGCCCCUUGCCUCCUCCACUUGGCUGUACCUACGGGACUCUGGUGCUUGGCAGGGCAUGUGGAGGCCCCCAGUUGCUACUGCGCAUUGGCAGGCAAGCAACCGUGCAUGUGGCAUCGUUUAAAUUAUAGGUGUGGACGCCGCGGGAUGGGAUCAUGCAGGCUGAAGAGUGAAGACGACAGUUAGCAUGGGGCCCGGCCCGGCCCCCCACAAAUUAAAGCUCCUCCUCGCGGUAAGGACAGGGAGGACCUAACAAGUGGGGAGUA